AUGGCCGUUAACUUUGUUAAAGAAUCAUACUGGGUGACCGGGGACCGAGGCGGAGCCGAGCAGCGCGCCGGAGGCCGCAGGGCCAGCCUGGGCAGUGUGAGGGCACUCCUGAAGCCGGGGGCCUGGAAGCUGAACCAGAGGCAGGACAUCUCUGCCUGGCUGGCCCCAUGGUUCCCCAAAGCCCCAGCCCAGUCCGUGGUGACCCUAAAAAUACCCAUCAAGGUGGAGCUGGCGGCUGGGAAAACCUACAGGUCGUAUGUGUGUGGCCACAGCAAGAAGCAGCCCUUCUGUGAUGGCUCCCACUUCUUCCAACUCACUGGCCUAUCCCCACUCAAGUUCAAGGCACAGGAGACCCGCAUGGUGGCGCUUUGUACUUGCGAGACCACCCAGCAGCCCCCGUACUGCGAGGAGACCCACAAGAGUGAGCAGGUGCAGAGUUUGUGGGUUCCCCACUCGGAGGGGAUGGGUGCUGCCCGGCCCAAGAAGGGGUCACCCCAGGAACCCCAGUACCCGUAG